AUGUCUGCAUUUUCAUCAAAACGAUUGUAUUUUCGUCAUCAUCAGCAUAUCACUAACGGGUCCAAUAGCCAUUCAGUAAUAAGAAGCAUUCGUUCAUCCAGACAAAGAACAGUCACAUUGCAUCGAGCACAAGUUCGGUCAAUGAAGCAACUGCAGGGUCAAAAGAACAGCAGCAAAAGCUGUCCAAUUGCAACUACCGCUGGACAUCAAUCAUUGAGGCGGUCGUCCGUUACUGCCUUUUUCUUUAAAGCGCUUGCUGUAUUGGCAAUGACCACUGCUAUGGCUGCUUUACCUGCCGCUGCCGCAACCACUUUCAUCACUGUACAUGUCAACUCACCCGCCUGUUGGUAUAAACCUGCAUUCGCUUCUCAGCGAAGUGGUCUUGACGAUGCAGACUUGUUGGCAAAUUCAUACGACACGAUCGUUGCUAUUAGAGAGUCAAACGAGCUCACUGGACAAGUACAGCCAGGAAAUGUCGGCCAUCCUCGUCCUACUCCAGACUCCUCCAACAAUCGCACUGGACCAAUGCCUCCUGGCACUAGCAAUGGGUUUAAACCCAAUGGCUUUCCAAGCUUCCAACCAAGCCCUGCAUGGUGUCUAUUAAAUAGUGAUAGCUGGAGCUAUUACCAGUUUGACUCUGGCAAUUCCAACCUUUUGCGAUACACUAAUUGUACCGAUUCUUACUGUUCCAAUGGAUGUAUUCUGGCAGCAUCAGCCGCAUAUCCUCCUCCUACCACCAACAACUACUAUGCCAGUGAUUCCUGCAACGGGUUGAUGUACAAAAUCGCAAACUCUUCCGGAACUCCAGAACCAUUACCUUCUUUAGACGCUUAUUCUCGCUUCAUGGUUUCAACCGCAUUUACGGCUUCAAGAUUGUCAGCUCCGUGCACAGGCACACCUCGGUCCACCAAUAUUGUCAAGAUUUACGACAAAUGCACUCAAAUUUCUGUACCUGGGGCUCCUUUGCAGUACGCCAUUUCAACUGUUCUGGAUCAGCAAGUAUCGCAUAAGCUAUGUCGCGAUGAUACAUGCAUUACUUGUGUUACUUCAACAACCAUCGCACCAUGGACACGAUCUGAGGAAUGUUCAGAACAUGGUCCGAUUGCCACCAAAGGACUGUACUUUCCAAUGGACGUUUCAACCUCAAAUCAAACUAAUAAUGCUAAUGCCUCGACAGCAACCGACACUUCAUCUAAUCCAUUUACUACUCCUGUCAUUUUUGCUGUUAUUGCAUCUGCCAUAGCACUAUUGAUCAUGGUCUCGCUUUUAAUCCACUGCCUGGUUACGCGUAACAAGAAUAAAAACUCGGAUCAUGAGCGUCAUAUUCAGUCACAAUCCCAAGCUGCUGCUGUGCCUCCUCGCAUUGCAACUAUUGUUGCUAACCCAGCUGACGCUCACGGAAACUCUGUUUACGGUGCCAAUCAUCAUUCAUCUACACAAUAUAAUGAUUUCAGUGCCUCUAAAGUUGUUCAGAUUCUAGAACAACCUCAUACUGUCGUAGUUAAUUACGAACCCCAAAUGACUGACGAAAUACGUUUGACUAUUGGAGAUCAAGUUAUUCUAGAAAGUGUAUGGAGCGAUGGAUGGGCACAAGCAUACAACAUCACUUAUGGUGAGCGCGGAACGUUGGCUAUUGCAACUCUAGAUGGAACAUUGCAUGCUGCUGCAUCAAGCAGUGUGCAAUCUAAUUCUCAGAUUGGAACACCUGCUACUUAA